CCCGCCGCCGCCUCCCGCUCGCGGCGUCCGCGGGCCGCGGCCGCGGCUCGCCGCCGCGCGCGGCCGCCGCGCCGCGGGCGCCGCUCUCGCCCGCGCUCCGCGCCUCGGACCGCCCGCCGCAGUCGCGGCGCGCGCGUGCCGGCCGCCCCGCGGCCGCCGCCGCCUCCGCGCGCGCCCGCGCGCCCGGGGCACGGCCGCGGGACGGGACGCGCCGCACGCACCGCGCCGCCCGGCCGCGCGCCCCGGCAGCGCGCGCGCGCACGCCGCCGCAGCCGCACGCGCGCGCGGCGCGCGCGCGCGCCCGCGCGCCGCGCCCGUCCUUUCCGGCCGGCGCCGCGCGGCCGGGCCGACGAACGGCCCUCGCCGCGGGACCGGGGCGCGGGCGCAGCCGCGGAGCCCCAAGGCCGGCCCGCCGCCGGCCGCUGCAUCGCGCCGGCCUCAGGGCCGCCGGGAGCAGCCGCCCCGACGCGCGCCCGCGCGCACGCGCGCCGCCCGCGCCGCCGCGCGCCCACGCGCCGGAACCGCGGGGCAGCCACGCCGGCGCCGCCGCUGCGCGCGCCGGCACAGCGAGCGGGCGCACGCGCGGCUCGAGCUGCGGCGCCCCGCGCCCGCCGCCGGCGCGGCCGGGCCCGGCGCCCCGGCGCCCGCGCCGCACGCGGCCGGCGGCGCGCCGGGCGCGCGCGCGCGCCCAGCCCCGCCGCGCCGGCGCGCGCCCGGCCGCCGCCACGCGCGCGCAUCCGCGGCGCGGCCGCGCCCAGGGCCGGCAGCCGCGCCAGCCGCCGCGCGCGCGCCCGCGCGCGCUCGCGCGGCGCGCCGCGCGCAGGCGCGCGCAGCGCCGCUCGCGCGCCGCCCGGGGCGCCGCGCCCCCGGCGCAGCCCAACGCGCGCGCCCACGCGCCGGCGCGCGCGCCGCGGCCGCGCCGGCCCGGGGGGACGAGCGCCGCCCGCAGAGAACGCCCAGACCGCGCGCGGCACGCGCGCGCGCGCGCGCGCGCCGGGCGCGCUCGCCCGGGGGCGGCGCCAGCUCCGCACCCGCGGCGCCACCGCGCCAGGCCUGGCUCGCCCCGCCGGCAGGCGGCCCGCCAGGCGCGCCGCGCCGCGCCGGCCCGCCAUCCGCGCCCGCGCCGCCCGGCCGGCGCCGCGGCCGCCGCGCCGCCGCCCGCUCGCGCCGCGGGGCCGGCGCCGGCCCCGAGCUCGGCGCGACGCCCCCGCGCGCAGCCGCCGCCGAAGGCGCGCAAGCCGACGGCCGCCCGCGGCGCGCCGCCCGCAUCUCAGCCACGGCCUGCCGCGCGCUCGGCCGGCGCCCGCGCACGCUCCAAGACGGCGCCAGCUAGCCGCCCCCAGCCCGCCAGCGGCCGCGCGCCGCCCGCGCCCGGCCCGCGCCGCCGCGCCCGGCCCCCGCGGGCGCGUCUGUCGGUCCAUGGGCGGCGCCCCCAGCGCCGGGACGGCUCGCCGCGGCUCACGCCAGCCAGCCCGCGCCCGCGCACUCCCGCACCACCGCGUGCGCGCUCAUCCGCCGCCAGCGCGCCCCUGCGCUCGCGCGGCCGACGCGGCGCCCAGCGCGGCCGCGCGGCCGCCGCCGCGCGCAGCCGCGACGCAGGGCCGCAGCGGCGACCGGCCCAGCCCGCCGCGCCGCGGCCCGCCGCUCGCCGCGGCCCCGGCGGCCGGCCAGGCCGCCCCGACCGACGCCGCCGGCGCCUCGCGGAAGCCGGCCCACGGGCCGCGCGCCGGCCCGACGCCGGCCCGAGCCGCCCGCGGCCGCCCGCAGCCGGCCCGCGGCCGCCAGCCGCCGGCCGCGCCCGCAGCCUGGCGCGCCGGGCCGCCAGGCCAGCCCCGCGCCGCCCGGCCCGCCGGACGCCGCCCGCCGCCGGCCUGCAGGCCGCCGCGCCCGGCCGCCGUGCCGCCCGCCGCCGCCGCCCGGGCCGCCGCGCCGCCCGCGCCGCGCUCUCCGCCGCGCCCCGCGGCGCCGCACGCAACUGGCCACGCGGGGCCGACGGGCCCGCGCGGUCUGCCGCGCCGCUGCCCGCGCGCGCCGCCGCGCGCCAGAGACCCCAAGCCGUGCAUCGCGCAGCGCCCUCCCGGCCGGCGCCGCCAACCGUGCCGCGGCGCGCGCCGCCGCCGCGGCGCGUCCCCGCGCCGGCCGCCGCUGCGGCGCCCCGCGCCGCCGGGCAGCGCCGGCGCCCGCGGGCCGCCCCGCGUCCGCGCCGACGCCGCGCGGCCGCCGAGGGGCGACCCAGCCGCUCCGGGCGCCGGCCCGCGCGCGCCCCGGCCGCGUCGCCGCCGCCGCCGCCGCCCCCGCCGCGCGCCGCCGCCCCGGCCGCCGGGCGGCGGCGGGCCCGGCGGCGCGCGGCGGCCAUCCCGCCCGCCCGGCGCGCAGGCGGGCCCGGACGCCUCGGCCCGCCCGGCGCCGGACGCUCAGGGGCGGCCGGCGCCCGCCGCCCGCGCCCCGGCGCGCCGGCUCGCCAGCACGCCAGCGGCGCGCGCCGCCCGCCCCGCGCGGCCGCCCGCCGCGCGCCCACGCGGACCCGCGCGCCGCCCGGCCGCUCCGCGCGCACGGCCGGGCCCCCGCCAGCGCUACGCCGCCCCGGGCCGCGCUCACGCCGGCGACUCUAGCCCGCUCGCCCGGCGCGGCCGCGCGCGCCGCGCCUCCGCCUGCCGCGGCCGCGCCGCGCUCCCCCGCGCACGCGCACGCGCCGCCCGCGGGCCGGCCCGCGCGCGCCGCCGGCGCCUCCGCCGCGCGCGCGCGCGGACCGACGCGGCCCGGCUCCCAGCGCGCGCCAGCCGCCCGGGCCGCCGCGGGCCGCCCCGCGCGCGCGGGGCGCCCCACGCCCGCGCCGGCCGCGCCCGCCGCACGGGGCCCCCGGCCGCGGCCCCGGGCGGCGCUGCCGCCGGCCCGGCGGCGCCCGGCCCACGGCCGCGCCCGCGGCCGAAGCACGCCGCCGGCGGCCGCGGGCCGGGGCCGCGGCCCCGGCCGCCGGGGCCGGCCGGCAGCGCGGGGCGCCGCGCGACCGCCCCCCGGCCGCGCCCGACCGCCGCCGCGGACGCCGCGGCCGCGACGCCCGCCGGCCGCCGACGCGCCCGCCGCAGCCGCGGCCCGGCCCGCCGCCGCUCGCAGCCCGGCCGGGCCCGGCAGCGGGCCGCCGCCGCAGACCCGCGCCGGCCCGGCCCCCCGGCGCCGGGACCGCCCGGGGCCGCGCCGCCGCCGCCGCCGCCGCCCGCCGGCGGCGGCCGGCGCCCGGGGGGCGCCGGCCCGGGCCCUCCCCGACCGCCGGCCGCCCGCCGCGGCCGGCCGCGGCAGCGACGGGCCCGCCCCGCCGCCCGGGGCCGCCGACGGCACCCGCGCGGGCCGCGCCGCCGCACCGCGCCGCCGCCCGGGGCGGGCGCGCCGCCGCCGGGCCCCGCCGCCGCGCGCCGCCGCGGGCCGCGCUCGCCGGGCGCCGCCGCCCGCCACCGCCGCCGGGCCGCCGCCGCCGGCGCCGCAGGGCGCCCGCGAGCCGCGCGCCGCGCCCGCCCGCCCAGGCCGCCCCGGGCCCGGGGCCCGGGGGCCGCCCCGCCGCCCCGCCGGGGCGCGCCGCCGCCCGCCGGGCCCGGGGGGGGCCUCGGGGGGCCGCCGCCGCGGCACGCCCGCCGCACGCCGGCGCGCGCCGCCCCGCCACGGCGCCGCCGGCGCCGCGCCGCGGCCGCGCCGCCGGCACGGCCCGGCCCGGCCCGCACGCCCGCCCGCGGGCCCGCCCGCCGAGCCGGCCGGCCGCGGCCGCCGCAGCGGGGGGCCGCCGGGCCGCCGGGCCCCCGCCGCGCCCGGGGGCCCGGGCCGCCCCGGCCGGCGCCGGCCCGCGCGGGCCCCCGGGGGCCGGGCCGGGGGGGCCCCCGGGCCCGGCGGGGGGCGGGGGGGGCCCCCCCCCGGGGCCGGGCCCCCCCGGGGCCCGGGGCCGGCGGGCCCGGGCCCCGCCCGGGGGGGGCCCCCCGGGGCCCCGCCCCCGGCGGGGGCGCCGGGGGCCGGCGGGGGGGCGCCCCCGGGGCCCCCG